CGCCUUGCACGCCGAAGCGGGGCACCUCGUACGUACGUACAAAUCGCGGUUCUUGACGCGGUUCAAAAUCAUUUAAAUGAUGUCCACCCAAAAACACGGUGCGUUGGACUCGGGAACCAGUGACGGAUUCCCGCGAAAACGGUCGCUCGUACGUCAAGCGACAGACGUCGAAGACGAUGACUUUUCUCCGUUCCCGUCGACGAUCGCCGACUUCGGAUACUUCUUCAACGAUUUUGGCCAGCUGAGGCACUUGAAGACCGGUGAGCCUUACUUGUUUCAGGUACGCCCGGACGACCACGGCUACAACCAGCGGCGCUACGAAGCCCUGGGUGACGUUAUCACCGAACACGUUUACCAGCUCCUGGAGCAAGAGACACACCUCACGCGAGUUCCCGUGCCCGUCAACGUGCAGGAGGACGAGCCGAGCUCUUUCAUAUUCGUGUCGGAAGAUGCGUUCACUAAUAAGGACCGCCUGUUGAUUCUAAUACACGGCAGCGGCGUUGUGCGAGCCGGUCAGUGGUCGCGGCGGCUCAUAAUCAACGACUCGCUCAAGAAAGGUACUCAGCUGCCUUACAUUAGACGAGCGCAGGGGCUCGGUUACGCCGUCAUUGUGCUCAACACUAACGAUACUCAUCGCAUAAUCAACGGCGUGCGCGUUCCAGUGCGAGACUGUGAAACUGCCGAGAAACACGGUCGGCACGUCUGGGAGCACAUCGUCGAGAAGAGGGCAGCCGCGCGGCACAUUGCCGUCGUGGCGCACAGCUACGGAGGUGUCGUCGCCGUCAACGUGGCGACCGAGUUCUUCGCCUCGUUCUCGGCUCGCGUCUUCGCCGUCGCCCUGACAGACUCCGUCCACAGUUUCGCGCGUCAGAAGUCCCACCCUCGCGUCGCGCAGUUCUUCAACCAGGUCGGGAGGAAUUGGGUUUCCAGUCCGGAGCACCUCGAUCGGCCCCUCAGGGAACGACACGACGGCACCGUCGACGUGAGACGCGUCUCUGCCGGCACCGUCACCCACGAGAUGACGUCGUGGUCCAGCUUCGCGUCCGUCUUCGAGUUCCUGGAGACGGCGUACCACAAGAAGUCGGCCGGGAACGGAGAGCAGAACGAUUUGUAGUGUGGCGAUUUGUCGAGGCAGUGCAGCCUCCAUUUCUUGUUCUCCUUUUUCUUAUGUUUAAUGACGCGGCAAGCGCCUCUGAAACGUUUACUAUAAAUGUUACUUUACUGCUUGCUAGUAUGUCGACAGUACGAGCGUGUACCGUACCACUAAACGUAACGUAGGCACACAAAGCCAUAUCCAUAAGUACCAAUAGUAGUUUGGCUUUCUUGUUGAUUUGCAGCGCUCGUGUAAGUUAAUCAAGUGCCUAUAUUUGCUAUAUACUUGAGAGGUUGUAUAGCGAGGUGUACUUGUUGAAUGUUCAAGGUGAUGUCUCUUGCUCAAUGUGUGUUAUUAUAAGGAAAUGGUGCGGAGGACAAGCAUUUAAGAAGGAAAAGAAAAAAAAAUCUGAAUAUGUGCUGUGUGUCUAGUGCCUGAAAUUAAUUUAACUGUUUCUUUAGAACCGUUAUGUUCAGCAUCGAUAUCAGUUAUAAACUAUAGGACUAGAAGGGUAUGUGCAGGGUUCAUUUGUAAGAAUGGAAUAAUAUAGGUGUACCUACGUUAGGCAUUGCAUUAUUACACCCAGCUUUUUCUCAUGUCAAAUCCUGGCUUUAGCUGUGCUGACACACAGCUCCGAUUCCUAGUGUGUUUAAAUAAUUGCCGUAUUUCUCUUUGUCACAUGUUUCCUGCUCUGCACCUUGUUCCUGUAUGAAAAAGAGCCUGUUUGAUUGCUUCAUUACUGAUCCUAUAUUGCAAGCUGUACUGAUACUAUAUUUUUAUGUAGCUCUUGCAACUGUUGGGCUUCCAAGAUUGCUCUUGAUCAUGAAACAUGUUGCAUUCGAAGGGACAGUGGAAGCAAUCAGUGCAUAAAAGCUAGCAUAGUAGAAUGAUGCUAUAAAGUAGCAUUCACAUUACCUUCGUAAUUAACGUAGUUAGGACACUACGUAACAUUUUGACAGAAUGGGUUGUUUUUCACAACUUUGCAGACGAAACCAGCCUGCAGGUAUGCAUGCCUAAUGGCAUUGCAUAGUAUACAAUGCAGCUUUCCAUUACCAGUUGACUGUCUAGAGUUUUUCUCACCUUCGAUAGUGGCACGCUCCUGUAGUCGGAUACAACUGUAGAAGUCAGCGGCAUUUCCUCCUCAAAGGCGGAUGAACACUGGUAUUACGCACAGGUGUUAUAUGCCGAUAUUUACGUCUUUUGUACCCACCUGCUAAAAUCCCUCCAGGGGAUUGCAGUACCAAUAAAUAAAAAAAAUAAAAUAAAACACAAGCCUGCACGCAUUUCGGGACUGACUGAAUGGGCGCACACUCGGGACUGACUUCACGAGCGGGGCGGCCGGUGGUGCCGCCUUCAGAGAACAUCGGCACGUGCAUGAGCGGGAUUAUUUCUUUAGUCGCGGAGGUGAUCCGCUGCCCCGCUUCGGUCGUCUGGGUGGGGCCUCUCCUGACUUCUUAAGUUGUAUCCUACUAUAAUAUCCAAAUAAAAAUGUCUAACAAGAAUGAUACAAACCAUCAUUUUCACUGGUUGAUUCCGGUCUGAGUCUUUUUGCUCCGAAACAGUGGACUUGUUUUCUAGUGGCUUGUACAAGUAUGCAGCAUUGCACUGCCACUACACUACCGAAUUGCUGCUCUGCUCAAGUGUUAGGUGUUUUCUUUUAGCAGAUUAAGGCUUUUGAAAGUUGAGCGUUCACUUUGGAUAUCAGUUAGACCUUCAAGAACAACCAGAAUUAACCGUGGGGCGCUUUUUAUCUGGAACGAUUGCCGAGAGUGGUCGAAAGGGAUUGUUUGCCCCAAGUGUCUCUUUAAGUGUGGCAUACUGCCUAGUACUUAUGUUUGACCACCCAAGAAGGGUAGCUAAGCUCUAGGUACGCCUCUUUUGCUACCUCACCAGUUGAGUUAUCUACUGUGCUUACCAAUGUUGUAUAGAAUGAGAUGACCAUGAGACAACAUGCACUUUGUAUAGAAUGGAAGUUUUGCGCGACAUAUGACCAAACAUUUAUUUUGUGAUAUUUAAAUUUUUAUGUGCGUGGACCUUGAGUGUAAUGUUUUUAAUUAUUUUUAUCAUUGGGAAUAAACUGAAGGGAAACAUUAAAAAAUUAGGAUGUUUGGCAAAGCUUAGCUAGCAUUGGUAUUAAGACCUGUUUCGUUUUGUUAAACUCCAUUUGCUGGUGCAUUAUCUUUUACUGCAGAUGUAACACCAAACUUUGUGAAUUCCUGAAAAACGUUGCACAGCUAAAGUUACAAAGGGAGACAUGCCUCUGAUUGUGAGUGAACACAACUUUUAUUUAGACUGCCAGACGGCCAGCACUAGUUUCUUGCACUGCCAUGCUUAGCAUUUCGAUUACUGCUGGGUGUCUAUUUGAAAAUUUGUGAUAUUGAAAAACGCGACCAAACAAAGAAAGAAAUGUGCCAAUAUUCACAGUACCAGUUCUAUAACAAGAUAAUGUAUACUGAAUUUGGCAAGCUUCUUACAAUGUUUGUAGUGUAUAACAUGGCUCUAGUUGCUAGCCUAAUUAAAGAUCAAAGAAACCUAUUGCUAAGGACUGGCACUAUCAUUGGUGCAUGUUGAGUGGACUGCCAAAGGUAAAAUAUUGCUUAGAACUACUCUGCAAGAACCACAAUAUAUUGUUCAUUUUAAGCAACCCACUCAUUUUCCUAUAUUUAGAGCACAGAGCAAGCACCUAAUGUUGUGAUCAAUCUCUGCCUUCCUAGCAUUUCACCAUCCUAUUUCUCUAUUUGUUAACUGGGAACAGUAUUCUACAUAUGAAUGUUGUUUGUGUCAACACUUGUAUAUUGUAUUGACCACAUUCCAUGUCCUUUCCUUGACAGUGUGACUGUGGUGCAUUAAGCUUGUGAAUUUAGUUUGUAACCGUGUUCACACUAUGCACUGUGUCGAUUGACAACAUGGAUGUGGUUGUUAACAUCUCUUACUACUUCAUUGCUAUUAUAAAAUAUUGUAGUGCAGAGUAGCUCAAACCGGAACUCUUAUUACUGAAAUAUUUUGUCCUUUAUUCUCAUUGCUAUUCUUGUUGUACAGAUUCUUGGCUGUAUUUCAUACAGUGCUUCCCUUGAAUAUCAGUAUCUUUUCUCAACAGUUAAGAAUUCUUAAGUAAUGACCCACACAUGUGUUAUUACGAAGCGU